GCUCCUCCUCGGUCUCUCCGGCUUUGUACCCCGAGCUGAACCCACGCCGCGGCUACCUUCUCUAAGAUCCCGGGGCUGCUAAACAUCGGAAAAUGGCCCUUCACGUUCCCAAAGCUCCGGGCUUUGCCCAAAUGUUGAAAGACGGCGCCAAGCACUAUUCAGGGCUUGAAGAGGCAGUUUUUCGUAACAUCAAAGCUUGCAAGGAGCUUGCUCAGACCACACGUACCGCCUAUGGGCCAAAUGGUAUGAACAAAAUGGUAAUCAACCAUUUGGAAAAGCUGUUUGUCACCAAUGACGCCGCAACGAUUCUCAGAGAGCUUGAGGUGCAGCAUCCAGCAGCCAAAAUGAUUGUGAUGGCAUCCCACAUGCAAGAGCAGGAGGUCGGAGACGGCACAAACUUUGUCCUGGUGUUUGCUGGAGCUCUGCUGGAGCUGGCUGAAGAGCUGCUCAGGAUGGGCCUGUCUGUGUCAGAGGUGAUUGAAGGCUAUGAGAUGGCUUGUAAGAAGACUCUAGAGAUCCUGGCAGACUGCGUAUGUUCUUCAGCCAAGAACCUCCAUGAUGUUAAGGAGGCCACAUCUCUGAUCCGUACAGCAGUCAUGAGUAAACAGUAUGGCAAUGAAGACUUCCUUGCCAACCUCAUUGCAGAGGCCUGUGUAUCCAUCUUCCCAGAGUCCAGCAAUUUCAACGUUGACAGCGUCAGAGUAUGCAAGAUUUUGGGCUGUGGUGUGACAGCAUCCUCUAUGCUUCAUGGUAUGGUUUUCAAGAAGGAGGCAGAGGGAGACAUCACAUCUGUAAAAGACGCAAAGGUCGCAGUCUUUUCCUGCCCCUUUGACUGCACGGUGACAGAGACCAAGGGCACAGUGCUGAUAAAUAAUGCACAAGAGCUCAUGGACUUCAGUAAGGGAGAGGAGGACAUGAUGGAGGCUCAGGUGAAGGCCAUCAAGGAGUCUGGGGCCAACGUGGUGGUAACUGGGGGGAAGGUGGCCGACAUGGCGCUACACUAUGCCAACAAGUACAACCUCAUGGUGGUGAGGCUUAACUCCAAGUGGGACCUCAGGAGGUUAUGCAAGACUUUAGGAGCUGUAGCACUGCCCAGGAUGACUGCUCCAACUCCUGAGGAGAUGGGUCACUGUGACAGUGUGUACCUGACAGAGGUUGGGGACACUCAGGUUGUUGUCUUCAAACACGAGAAAGAGGACAGUGCCAUCUCAACGGUGGUGAUCAGAGGCUCCACUGACAACCUGCUGGAUGACAUCGAGAGGGCUGUAGAUGAUGGGGUCAACACUUUCAAGGUUCUGGUCAGGGACAAGCGACUGGUACCUGGAGCAGGAGCCACUGAGAUUGAGCUGGCCAAACAAAUCACCUCAUAUGGAGAGUCCUGCCCUGGUCUGGAGCAAUAUGCCAUUAAAAAGUAUGCAGAGGCUUUUGAGGCGCUGCCACGUGCACUGGCUGAGAACUCUGGUGUGAAGGGGAGCGAGCUCAUCUCUAAACUGUACUCUGCGCAUCAUGAGGGAAACAAAAACAUGGGCUUUGACAUUGAGGGAGAAGGCCCCGCUGUGAAGGACAUGCUUGAAGGUGGCAUUCUGGAGCCUUAUCUGGUCAAGUACUGGGGCAUCAAACUGGCCACCAAUGCUGCCAUCACAGUACUUAGAGUUGACCAGAUCAUCAUGGCUAAGGCUGCAGGGGGACCCAGGGCUCCCAAGCAGAGAGGCCAUUGGGACAAGGACGGUUGGGAAGAAGAGCCUGAUAAUUUUGAAACUCACCAUUAGAGGGCGCACACACACCCUCUGUCAAUCAUCAUGGCCAAACCAGCAGGGGGACCCAAAGCUCCCCAGGGCAAGAAGGACUUUGACGAGGAUGACUGAAAUCGAUGUUGUGCAGCGGAUGCGCCUUUAACCCUGAAAGCUUUCUCACGGAUUCACAAACCCUUUUCUACUUGUUUAUUUAAAGCUGAGCAGUUUGGUUUAUUUUGUAGAAAUGACCAUACAUUGGUUCAAAAAAUAAUAUGUGAGAGAAAAAUGUGUGGAUGGCACUGUUUGCUUUUUAUGUUCAUAGUCCCAAAUAAAAGGCACUUGCGCUGUCA